GGCACUGGCAGGCUGGCAGGGCGAGGAGACAGACAGGGUGGAGCUCGGGCCACCCCCUCCCCCUCCCCUCCAACCAGGCAAGCAGGCAAGGAAGGACCUGCACUGUACACCUCAAGGCAGUAGGGCCCUGCAGGCCGCGGCAGCAACGGUUUGGCCAGCCUGCCAGCCUGCCAGCCUGCCAGGCCUGCCAGUUUUCCGCACGCAAAAAUUAAACUCCCCACACCGGCUGCCCACCAAAAGCUUUGCCUCUGGUCCUGCCUCUGCUCCUGCUCUGCCGCACCCCCGACCCGCCUCGCCUCUCAACCCUUUCUGUCAAUCCGAGCAACGCGACGACGGUCCAGGAUUAUGUCUGCGUAGAGUCGUCCUCGUUCCAAACCACUCCAAGACUCGUCAAGUCCCAUUUUGUCGUCGCACAUCCCACGCCUUCCAGAAAGGCGAACUGCCCGGUGACAAGAUGUCGGUCGCCUCAAAGAACCUCUACGACCUCCUUGGUAACGACACCGAGGAGGGAGAGAACCCUGCUCCGGUCAAGACCGUCACCAAGACGAGCACGAAGACCGGCAAGGCCAACGCCGACGGCACUGGUCCGGCUAGCUCCGCCCCUGCUUCUGGCGCCCGCUCCGGAGGUGGCUUCUCCCAGAACGAGAAAGCUUACCGUGACAGAGGUGUUGGCUCUGGCGCCAACCGGGGCAAGCCCACCGACGAGGCCCCCCGCGGUGGAGCCCGUGGCGGCCGUGGCGCUCGUGGCCGUGGAGGCCGUGGCGCGACCCAUCACCGCAACGCUGACGACAGGCACACUAAGAAUAUCGUUCCUGGUUCCGAGAAGCAGGCUGCUCAGUCAUGGGGCGCCACCGAGGGUACUGCCGAGCUCAACGACGAGCAGGCUGGUGAGGCCAUUGCCAAGUCAGAGCAGAAGGAUGCUGAGGCUGAGGACGCCGAGGCCGUGUCCCAGGAGCCCGAGGUCAAGACCAUGUCUCUCCAAGACUACUAUGCCAAGAAGGAGGAAACCAGGGCUGCCCUGAACGCCACCACAUCCCUUCGCCAGGUCGAGAGCGGCAAUGAGCCAACCGGUGAGGAAUACCACAAGGAUGCUGGCGACGAGUUCUUCAUCAAGCCGUCCAAGGCCAAGAAGAACAAGGCCAAGACAGUCAAGCAAAAAGAGCUUGUUGAUGUCGACUUGACAAAGGAGGAGCACAACGACGGCCGUGGCGGUGGCCGAGGCCGUGGCGGAGACCGUGGCGACCGUCGUGGCGGUCCUACCCGCGGCCGUGGAGGUGCCCCCCGCGGCGACGGCCCCUUUCGUGGCGGGCAGCGCGGCGGACAGCGCGGUGGACAGCGUGGCGGCGCCGCUCCUCUCAGCCUCGACGACCGGAACUUCCCUGGCUUGGGCGGCAACUAAGCGUCGCGACGCACAUUACCUGCAGAAUUCUGCGUGUUGGCACGCAAAAGGCCAGGAUUUCGUCCCACAAAAUUUACAACAUUGUGAUCCUCGGAACAGGUCCGGCGGGCAUUACUGAGUGAGACACACGGUCGGGAUCGGGGCAUUUGGCUGGUUUGGGGAUUGUCCAGGUUUUUAUCUAUCUGUUUGGUCUCAAAUUCGCUACGUCUGGUAGCCGGCCGGUCAAGUCCACAUCUCAAAAGCAAAAAAUGCAUUUCACCUUCUCCGAUCCAACCCAAGCUGGGCUGUCCGCGAUUCCAGCUCGCAGUCUAGGUUCCUUCUGAAAAUUUACUCUGGCUUCGUGAUUCAGGUCUCGUCCUUGCAAGCUGUGACACAAGGAAUCGUCAUGGAUGGAUUUGGCGAGGGUUCAUUUACUGUGUGGGCUUAACAUACUUCCUGUACCGCAUAUUUUUCACCCUGCGACUCGAGACUUAUGACAUCCUAGGCAUGCAGCGAAACAUGCUCUUCUACUUAACCUGAAGAUGCUCAUCUGAGCAAAAGGCCUCCCAGAGAGUACUAAUAGUUGAGAUUGAAUAGAGCAUCCGGCGGGUUGAUUCACGGCCUGGCAAGUUUAGACUGUACGCUGAAAGGGGUAGCUGAAAAUAGGAAGUCACAGGCCUCCAUCCUAUGUUUCUCUACUCCGGCUGAGACGAUUCCGGCCUCUAUGAUUGCUACCCUUCGGUCCGGUCCUUCUGUUUUCCAUUGACACGCUGAGCAACUUAAGGCCUUUAGUUUCAGGUCCUCGCAGUCAGACGUUCGUUCCCCUGCGGACCCUUUACACUUGAGCGAGGCAGAGCCUGCCGUCUUCUGAUAGACCCCAACUUCACGGCAAUGUGAACACUACAAGAGCUGUUCAGCUCCCAAGUCUACUUGAUCGGAGCAAGAUGUGUGUAAUCUGGACCGUGUAGAGACCGGUCCCAGUCUGGUUCGUUUAUGUCAGCCCGCGUAAGGGAACACCACAGAAGGUCAUGUUCUGGGUGACAACAACUCGAUGGUUGGGAGGGGACACGCCCAGAACUCAACAUUUGAACUCACCUCGUUGAUGUAGGUAUUAGAGGCCGCCGCCCUGGCCAGCGUGCUCGGGCAAAUGCACCACUGGC